GGGCCGCCCUCAGCGUGCGGGCUCCGCGGCGGGAACAUGGCAGCGCUGGAGGCGGCGGAGGCCGCGCUGGGGCAGCGCCAGCAGCUGCAGCAGGAGGAGGAAGAGGAGGAGGAAAACCACGACCAUAGCCAUGAGCAUGAAGGCGACGGCGAGCCGGCGGCGCUCAAUGGUUUGGUGGUCUCUGAAAAAGUGAAAAGCAACAACAUUGAUGUGAAAAUUCCCAAGUCAGAAUUGGAAGCUGAAGAAAAAGGAGCGGAGGAAGAACGCCCAAGGGAAUCUGAUAGCAACAUUUUGGAUAUAUCAUCUAAUUACCCAAGAGACAAACAUAUUUCAAUUCAGAGACACCUUGCUGAUCUAGAGAAACUGGCUGACUUGAGAGAAGGUGAGUUUUCCACAGCAGCGUCCCGGAACACAGAUCUUUGUGUUACAGAUGAAAGGAAGCCUUGUCCGUUGUGUCCUGAGGAGAAAUUCAAAGCUUGCUAUAGCCACAAACUCCAUCGUCACUUGCAGAAUUUGCACUGGAAGGUUUCUGUUGAAUUUGAAGGGUACAGAAUGUGCAUCUGUCACUUAUCCUGUCGGCCAGUAAAACCCAACCUUGUUGGAGACCAGACAUUGUCAAAGAUGGGAGCUCAUUACCACUGUAUCAUCUGCUCAGCCACUAUAGUACGAAGAACUGACAUGAUAGGUCACAUUAAUCGUCAUGUGAACAAAGGAGAGACUGAGUCAAGGUUUAUCACAGUUCGUGCUCCCAAGUCAUCUUACGAAGUGGUGAAAGAGUCAGCCACAGAUGUGCAGGUUCUUCCCAACCACUCCACACCCCAGAAAACAGAUUCCUAUUUUAAUCCUAAAAUGAAACUCAACAGGCAGUUGAUAUUCUGUGCACUGGCCGUGCUUGCUGGGGAGCGCAAACCCAUCGAAUGUUUGGAUGCUUUUGGUGCCACUGGUAUCAUGGGAUUGCAGUGGGCAAAGCACCUCAGAAGUUCUGUGAAAGUUACAAUUAAUGAUUGUAAUGAAAAUUCUGUGUCAAUGAUUAAGGAAAAUUGUCAUUUAAACAAAAUGAAGGUGAAACUGAACAUUAGGGAACAAGACAACAAUGAAACUGUGGGAAAUGGAGAAGAAAAUAGUGACACCAUUGAGGUGACAAAAAUGGAUGCCAAUGUUGUCAUGCAUUUGAGAUCUUUUGAUUUUAUCCAUUUGGAUCCCUUUGGAACUUCUGUGAAUUACCUGGACUCUGCCUUUAGAAAUGUGAGAAACCUUGGGAUUGUGUCAUUGACAUCCACAGACAUCAGCUCCCUCUAUGCCAAGGCUCAGCACGUGACCCAGCGUCACUAUGGCUGCAAUAUUGUCAGAACAGAGUACUACAAGGAGCUGGCAGCCAGGACUGUAAUUGCUGCUGUCACAAGAGCUGCAGCUCGCUGUAACAAAGGCAUUGAAGUGCUGCUGGCAGUAGCUCUGGAACACUUUGUUCUGGUGGUGGUCAGAGUUCUGCGGGGCCCAACCCCUGCAGAUGAUUCAGCAAGGAAGGUCCGAUACCUCAUCCACUGCCAGUGGUGUGAAGAGAGGGUUUUUCAGAAAGAGGGCAAUAUGAUGGAAGAAAACCCUUACCAGCAGCUGCCCUGUGACUGCCACGGCAGCAUGCCUGGGAAGACAGCAGUGCUUCUUGGUCCUCUCUGGUCAGGAGCUCUCUUUAACACUGGAUUCCUCAGGAGGAUGCUCCUGGAGGCUGUGCAGUAUGGCUUGGAUGAAGCUCAGCCACUGCUGAAGACAUUAAUCUGUGAAUCAGAGUGCACAACUCCCAAACAUUUUUCUACCCACAGUCCUGGUGACGAGAACAAACAAGAAGAGUGUGGCGUCUAUAUCAGAACACCAAAUACUUCUGUAGAAUCCUACUUGGUACAUGGCUUUGCUGGGGUGCCUGUGAGUGCUGAGGGGUGUCAGUGGCCUUGUUGUGCUGCAGGGAAGAGGAAAAGCGAGGAGGUGUUGCGCGGCAUAGCGAAGCGGCAGCGGGCCGAGCACAGCACCGAGCACCCCCCGUUCUACUACAACAUCCACCGGCACAGCAUCAAGGGCAUGAACAUGCCAAAGUUAAACAAGUUCCUGAACUAUCUGUCAGAGGCUGGAUACCGCGUGAGCCGAACCCACUUCGACCCCAUGGGAGUCCGCACCAAUGCGCCCCUGGCAGAGUUCAAGACUGUUCUCAUGGAGUACAGCACUCCCACCUAUGUGGGGGCACAGGCAGAAGGCCCUGUGCACCUCCCUGGAGACAUCCAGGUGGGAGAAGAGGUUCCAGCAGCUGCAGCAAUCAAGGUAGAGGAGGCUGAGUUAGCAGAAGAUGAUCAAUCCGGAGUCUCCGCUGCCGUGUUCACACAGCCCUACCCCACUCACUGUGCUGCUGAUUAAUGCAGAUGGGUUUGUUCAUCAGGAUGUUACAGACUUCCAGCACACCCUGUUCCAGUAAGCCACUCCUUCCUCCCAAGCUGGAGUUUGACCGUUUUGAGCUGCCUGUUGUACUUUGAAGGGACAGUUUAGACUUAGGUAGCAGAACUUAGCCCUGAUCCCGGCACGGCUGUGGUCACAAAACCAGCACUGUGGGAAAGCUGUGGAAUUACCUGCUGUUACGCUCACCUCCUUUUCACACUGAGGUAUGGAGGCUGCUUCCUAGUCUGUCCAAGCCUUACUGCCAGCGCAGCAUCCUGGAAGGGGGACCAGGCCAAAAGUGUUCAGCAUUUUGGAAUAUGAGAUUAUUGUGAAACAGCCUAUUCCUAAAAUGCAUCAUUCCUAAAACCUGGCCGGCUAUGAUCCAGAGAGAGGGCAUGUUAAGGUAAGAAACAGCACAGGAUAAAAUGCCCUCUGAGUUAAAGCCAGUCCUGCCUGGGGGCAGCUGUAACUCCAGGUUGCAUGUUACUCUGCGUUCAGGUCUGUUUCCAGGGUUCUGCCUCCAGGCAGGAGCUGAUCCCAGGAGAAUGGGAAGGAGCGGUGACGUGGCUGCUACUGAAUUUCCAUUUGUUACUGAACCCGUAGUGAAUUGUGUAGUCACUCUAGGUAGUUGUCUGCUCAGAGCUUACAGUGGUUGUGUGCUGCAGAGGAGUACAGAGACAAGGGACUACAGUGGAUGUUCAGGUGCAGUUUUGUGGUGACUUAUCAGUAGUAACUCUGAGCUAAGAUCUCUUCUGUGAAUGAGCAAAGCUGCCAGGUGUUGGCAGUUCUGGUUUCCUUAAAUACAUGGCAGCAUUCCAGCCAAACGAA